AUGAGUUCUUUGAAUUCUUGUUCAGAUUUGCAUUCAACUAUUAAUGAACAAUCACUUCAUGAUCAGUCAUCUUCAAAUAUGAAUAUUGAUCAUUCAAAUAACAGUAAUUCUUGUUCAGAUUUGCAUUCAAUUAUUAAUGAACAAUCACUUCAUGAUCAAUCAUCUUCAAGUAUGAAUAUUGAUCAUUCAAAUAGCAGUAACUCUCGUUAUAGUUUUGAUUUUGAGCUCUACAAUACUGAAAGUUUUAAGCUUGUUCCUUAUGAUAAGUUGAUACAUAAGAAGCCUUUCAAAGGAUUGAUGUUUGAUUCAUUGGACAUUGGUCUUGACUUUUACAAGACUUAUGGUCAAGAAUGUGGUUUUGAUGUGAAUAUGUCAAGUCAAAAAAGAUACAAUGAUGACACAAUUCGUAUUAGAUAUUCGACAUGUAGUAGAUCUGGUUUCACGAAGUCAUUCAAGAAUGAAAAUGUUAAUGUGAAAUUUUCAGAUGUUAAGAGAAGGAGAACUUCUUCUAAGAAGAACGGAUGCCCUGCUGUUUCAAAGUUCAAAAAUCUCCAAUGUUCUUUAAUGUUCUACAUUUAUGUGUUUGUUGAAGAUCACAACCAUGAACUUGUUGCUCAAGAUCAGUUGCACUUAUUAAGGAUUAAUAGGACAAUGGAUUUUCUUGAUGAAUCCUUUAUACAUAAGGUUGUAUUUAGUAGAAGGGGUGAUAGCAUUAGCAUCAGUUGUAGCUGCAUGCUUUUUGUCCAGGAAGGAUUGUUAUGUCGUCAUAUGUUUUUCAUAUUAAAUAUGAAAGAGUAUGAUGAAAUUCCAUCAAAUUUCAUUUUGAGGAGAUGGGGAAAAGAUAUCAUAACUGAUGGAUUGUUGAGAAAAAAGUACUCAUAUCCUCAUAAAGGCAGUAAAAAUGAAUGUUUGAUUCAAGAUGCAUAUGCUAUUCUUCGUUUGUCCAUCAACAAGAUAGCAAAUAAUGAGGAUGAGUUGGCUAAAUAUAUAAAGCAACUUCAGGAGGUUGAUAGUGGUAUUCCUUUAUGUACCUCAUCAAGGGCAUCUUCGAGUAGAUCAGUUCACAUUGAAAAAAUUAUUGGAGCUGCAGUACCUGAUGUUAUCAACAUUCAUAAUCCAGAGGGGAUCAGAAACAAGGGAUGGGCCAGUGGUAAAAGAAUCAAGAGCACUAGAGAGAAAGUGAUUGAGAAGUCUAAAAAGGGUACUAGGUUGUGCAGUUUAUGUCAUAAACCAAAUCACAAUGCUAGGAGUUGCAUUUUGAGGUUUAAGAAGUCUGAUUUAGAAUCUGAGGUUACAGAAGGCUGA